UUAAGACUUCUGAAAAUCACGGAAAACUAUGACAAUCUCUUAUACCCUGGAGGUUGCCAAUGCCCGAUAUGGUGGGUUCUCCAAGUUGUUAUUCCGAUGGAAAGGAAGCAUUUAUAAACUGCUUUACAAGGAAUUCAUCACAUUCAUCAUGCUUUAUACUAUACUCAGCAUUACUUACAGGCGAUUCCUGACAGAAGAUCAGAAGCGUUUGUUUGAGAAAGUCGCAGUGUACUGUAACAGCUACACAGAUUUAAUCCCUAUGUCGUUCGUUUUAGGUUUUUAUGUCACUCUGAUUGUAAAUCGUUGGUGGUCUCAGUACACCAGCAUCCCUCUUCCUGAUCAGCUGAUGUGUGUUGUCUCUGCCAAUGUACAUGGUGUGGAUGAAAAGGGGAGGCUUCUGCGACGCACAAUGAUUCGUUAUGCCAAUUUGUCCUCUGUUUUGAUCAUGCGCUCAAUCAGCACCAGGGUACGGAAGCGGUUUCCAACUAUGGACCAUAUUGUUGAUGCAGGAUUUAUGACAAGAGAUGAGCUAAAAAAAUAUGAAAGCCUGCAUUCUGAUUUCAACAAGUACUGGAUCCCAUGUGUGUGGUUCACCAACUUAGCAGCACAGGCAAGAAGAGAUGGACGUAUCAGGGAUGACAUUGCACUCAAGUUACUAAUGAAUGAAUUGAACUUUUACCGAGCCAAAUGCAGUCUCCUCUUCCACUAUGACUGGAUAAGUAUCCCGCUGGUGUACACUCAGGUUGUCACCAUUGCAGUCUAUUCCUUCUUUGCCUUCUGCCUUGUUGGACGCCAGUUUCUAGACCCAGAUCAAGGUUACAAAGGACAUGAGCUUGACUUCUAUGUCCCCAUCUUUACUUUGCUGCAGUAUUUCUUCUAUGUAGGUUGGCUAAAGGUUGCUGAACAGAUUAUCAAUCCUUUCGGCGAAGAUGAUGAUGACUUUGAGACAAACAAACUGAUAGAUCGAAACCUUCAGGUUUCAAUGCUAUCAGUAGAUGACAUGUAUCAGAAUCUGCCCCCUCUUGAGAAAGACAAAUACUGGAAUGAAAGUGCUGCCCAACCUCCCUACACUGUUGCAACUGUUGGCGAGACGAAGAAACCUUCAUUCAUGGGCUCUACCUUUGAUAUGAGGAUCAGUGAUGAACCAACCCAGAAUCAGCAGAUCGAUCCACCACCCACACCGAGGGUUUACACACCCUUCUUCAGUCGAUUUCGGGUCACAGCUGCCUCUCCAGCUGUCAGCCUAAAGAACUUUGGCAGGGGCAACUGGGGUAACCCCCUACUGCGACUCAGGGGGGACAGCUUCACUUCUGCAAAUUCUAACACCCCACAGAAUGAGGAUCCCGAUUCUGUUAAAUGCAUUUAUGAGGAAGAUUCAGAAGAAGAGACCGAGAAGGAGAGCAAAUCCACUGAAGCAUCUUCAGCAAACUCUCGCCUCACUGUGCCACGACAGCAGGAGAUAACUUCUGAGUCUGAUAAAAAAAAGACAACUCCAAAAGCAUCUCCUUUAACCAUUACUGUGACAUCACCUUCAGAAGAAAAUGUAGAUACAGAUCAGUCUGCCUGAUGAAAAUAUUCUAGUUCACAUUUUUUGACUCAGUAAACAACAAGGAAGAAAGGAGCAUAUCUGAUUUACAGUUUGGUACCUUAAAUUCAGCCGUGUAACUGAAGCACAAAAUGCCACUUGUCUAAAGUGAUGCCUUCUUUGUGACAACAUAAGUUACAGUUCACAAAAAAUCAAACAAUACCUAUUUUAAGAGAUUUAAUCAAAGCAAAACUUCCUACAGCUUCAUCUCUUUAGCAUCCCCAUUUCCAGUACUAUGCAGGGAAAUGACAAAUAUUCUACAUAAUCAAAAUUUUCUCAAACAAGGCACUGAAUGAUGAUGCAGUGACUAGAAUGUGUCAUCAAGACAAUGCAUGCUUAAUGGAAAUGUUGCCAGUACAUAAGACAUUGACUUUUACAUCCUUUCAGCAUGAAAUUCAUCCCAUCUCAGCUAAAACUGUACUAAGUAAUAUAGCAUAGUAAGUAAGAAAAUUAAAUCAUUUUUCCUGAGGCUGGACAACAUCCACAACUCUGCUGUGCUACACAAUACUGGGUGACUAAACUCGUAGAACUCAUGGGGAUAGUUCAGUACAGCUGCUUCCUUUAUUCAGAAACAGAUACUAUGUUUAUUAUGUCAUCUAUAUAGAAGAAAGGCAACCCAUUGGCUCAGCUUGUUUCUGAUUUCUCUUUUCCCCAGUUGCCUAGGUAAAGUAUCUUUUUUGGAAGUAACUGGAUAAUACUUUGAUCUGUAAUCUGCAGCAUGAAACAAAUCUUAUAGAUUUUCUCUUGUUUACUUCUGCCACACUGAAACACUUUCAGGUGACCACGGUUUAGGAUAACAUCAGAACUUUAAAAAAAAAAGUUAUGCAACAAAACUGCCAUAGUAACUUUAUUGAGAAAGAUUAGCCAAAGACAUCACAGCUGCUGUUAUAAGAACUUGAAAACAUCAGUGCCUAGCAUGUAACAAGAAUUUAAUAAUAUAAAUGCAGCUGUUAAAUCAGAUGCUACAAGGCAAUACAGUUAAAUUGCUUCCUAUAUUCAGUUUCAGUAUUUCUGGGCAGAAUCAAGAUGACAGAAACAUCAGCCAACAGGAGUCUCUAAGUACAAUAUAAUGCAGAUUUCACUGUUCACAAUGCAGGAAGCACUUUUCUUAGAGUAAUUGCAUGGUCCUAUUUGGUUCAGUACUGUACAUAUUUUUGAUAGUGCAUUUUAAUUAAAAAAUACUAUGCACCAUUAUGAGCAGGCUUAUGUUAAUCUUAGCCAAAUUACUGUUAUUGCUACUGAACUACUCCAACCAUAAAUUUACCUGUUGAGCUUUCCACCUGAGUUAAGUCAAUUAAAAUAAUUCUCCAUGUGUUAUAAUGGGGCUAUCAACAGCAACAAACUUAUAACAGAUUUUGUAAAAAAUGGAUAGGGGAUUAUUUUUAAUUAUGACUGGCUGUGGCAUAUACAUCACAGAUGUACAGUGGAUAUAAAAAGUUU